GAGACUCUGGCCAUUCCGUUGUUGACAUAUUUUUAAAAUAGAGUUGUCUCUCUUGUGGAAUUCGACACAGCCAAAUAUUUAAGAUAUCAGAACUUUAAGAACUCCCGUUUCGAUCUACCAAUAAAAGCAAACGGUGAGCUUUUAAUGGUUGUUAUAUAACCGGUAAAGUAAAUAAGUGAAAUCCCUCCGCCACACAAACGUCUUCAAUAUGAUCGGGAUCAAAGUUUAAAGAAAACGACCCGGAAGUGCACAGUUGUCGGGUUGUGACGUCAAGGCUUCACGUAUGGACCAGUGUCAAAUGUAAUUUCUAUGAAUGAAUAGUAUUGGUCCGUACAAUUCGUUGAAUUAUCGAUUUUUUUCGAUAGUUCCUUGGCGUAUUUAAAGUAAAUACUCAUCGGUACGGGUUUAUAAGCUUCCUGUUUUCCAAGAUGAACGGAAAAGGCACAAUUUUAGUGACCAUAGUUUUCAUCGUGUCAAGCUGUUUGGUGCUAGAAUGUCUUUCAGAUGCGACCGAGGAUAUUUCAGAAAGUUCAAAAGAACACGAUACAAAGAACAAGGAGAGCUCAGAUGAGGACUCAAUCAUCCACAGUCUGAAAAAGAGGAAAGGGAACGUGGGAUUUCUUCAUGCUUUCAUUGCAUCGCUCUCAGUUAUCAUUGUGUCCGAACUCGGAGACAAGACAUUUUUUAUAGCAGCCAUUAUGGCAAUGAGACACUCUCGUCUGACUGUUUUUAGUGGGGCUUUAGGAGCUUUAGGGCUGAUGACAGUAUUGUCAGCUUUGUUGGGAUAUGCAACAACAAUUAUACCGAAGAAAGUCACAUACUAUGUGUCAUCCAUCUUGUUCGCUGUGUUCGGAUUAAAAAUGUUGAAAGAAGGUUAUGAGAUGUCCCCUGAUGAAGGACAAGAGGAAUAUGAGGAAGUACAGGCUGACUUGAAAAAAAGAGAGGAAGAAUUGGAGAAAGAGAAUAGGCCUGUAGAGGACAUAGAGACAGGCAUUAUCCGUUCCCCCGGGCGCCGCUGGUUCCACGGAAUCCUAGGGACAAUAUUUCUACAAGCUUUCACCCUCACAUUUCUAGCAGAGUGGGGCGAUAGAUCUCAAAUCACAACUAUUGUUUUGGCAGCUAGAGAGGAUGUGAUAGGGGUCAUUAUUGGGGGCACUCUGGGCCAUGCUAUAUGUACAGGCAUUGCAGUAUUAGGAGGAAGAAUUGUAGCUCAGAAGAUAUCUGUUAGAACUGUGACGUUGAUAGGCGGUGUUGUUUUCCUGGUGUUUGCACUGUCAGCUUUCUUGUUGCCAGUACAUGACAUAUAAGACUCAACCAUUUUCAUCAUCAGAAAGAUCUUUAUAAAAGAAAUAUUUAUUGACUUGAUAGAUAUUAUAGGUGUGUCAGGUACAUGCACAUUAUGGCCUUCAAUUGGUAAAUAAACACAAUCAAAGUAUUAUUAGUUCAUACCCAGUCACUUGUAAUGUCUCAUAUAAUUUACGUACUCUUUGGUCAUUCUCAGUCUUCUUACGUAUAACUCCUGCUAUGUGGAUGAGUGGAUAAAGUAAUCCACAUCUCGGAUCACCCACAAGUUCUUACAGAUGUUGACUGGAGGCCUUGUUAAACACGUCUCUCAGAUCAAGGAAUUAAAUGUAACUUACGUGCCAAAAAAUGAUCGAGUCUGGUAAUUCGUGUAUUUAGAGUUACCACCUUUCACAAUAUUUGUGAAUUUGUUGGAGUGUUCAGUAUUUUAUGGCUACAAGUAUAAAAAUCUGCAUUUAUGAACCGUGUUCAUGGGAACUUGUUUUAUCCUGAUCUAUAUGUAUUAAAGAGAUGUUAAAAUAAUUUGACAUGAUUUUCCCAUCUGUAUAGGCCAAUUGAUUGCUCGUGAUUUUCACAUUUUUAUAAUGAACUUUAAAUGUGCUAGAUUAUUUAUAAAAUUUUGUUUCAUUUAACAUAUAAUGAAAUUCACUCCACCUGAAAAUAACUCAAGAGAAAGUCAUGUUAAAAGCUUGUGAUAACUCCCCAUGGAAUUCAUGUGUGGCAAAAUGUUUGUUUUCUGAUGGUGUGAUGUUGUGUGUAUGGUGUAAAAGUUUCAGUGAUUGUGUCAAUGUGAGCACAGUAACUGUGGUUACUUUUUUAUGUAUUAGUAUUAUAAUGUGCUUUGCACAACAUGUAGAUAUCAGUGUUUUAUAUUGAAUUUGUGUACAUGUAUUUAUAUAAAAUUGUAAAGUUGACGAUGAAGUGGAAGCAAAAGCAUUUUGUCAGAUGGCUUUGUGAUGUAAUUGUUGGCAAGUCCAAGAGGUGUUUUUUUUUUAGUAAAAAAUAAUCAUGUUUGGAGAAAGAAAAAAAAGGAACUUUCUCUUGAUGUCACUCAUUGUUUAAGGGUUUAAAGAUGUUUUGAUUCAUUUUGUUAUGUCUGCCUGUUUUUACCUUACUUUUUGAUUGGACUUAUUUUACAGACAAUAAAUGCUUGAUACAUUGUUAUGCAGUACAUUCCAAGACCAACCCUUACAAUAAAAAGAGAAACCUACUCA